CGCCGUGUAAAUAAAUAAACCAUACUUUAAGCUAAAUAACCGCUAGGCUGUCACUUUCUCGUCGCUGGCUUCAGUACAUGGUCUCUUACUUCACAGUUUUGACAGCGGAGCUGAAUACACCGCAGACAUGUCUUCAGCACAAUCAUUUUCAGGUAAAGAGCCAAACCAACACAAACGUGUGUCUGUUAAAUCUAAUCCUGGAUUCCUUGAGAGAUUAAGUGAUACCGCAGGAGGAACAGUUCUUGGUGUUGGACUCUUUUUCCUUUCAAUUUAUGUUCUCUUCACCAACGAGGGACGAGCGCUGCAAACAGCAUAUUCUCUGGAUGAAGGUCUUUCUCAGGUUGUGCCAUUGGGGCCUUACAUUAGCCUUGAGCCGCAGAACAACAACCGUUUAGUUCACCUGUCUGCUCAGCUGCACACUGCACAGCCCCUGUAUGAUCCCAACUACAGAGUGGUGGUGCAGGCUGUGAAGCUGAAGAGGCAGGUGGAGAUGUAUCAGUGGGUGGAGUACCAGGAGAGCAAGGACUACCAGGAGAACGGUGAAACCAAAACUGAGACCACAUACACCUACAACACUGAGUGGAAAUUGGAGUUGGUCAACAGCCGUAACUUUGAUAAGGAAAUUGGUCACCAGAACCCAAGUGCCAUGGCAGUUGAGAGUGUGACAGUCGUGGCUCCUGAAGUCCAAGUGGGACCGUUCAUUCUGUCUAAAGGCCUCGUGGAGCAGAUCAAUAACUUCCAGACUCUGAGUUUGAAGGAAUUUUCUACCUUAGUCUUGGACCAUUUUCUCACCGUUGACGAUGAUUAUUUCUAUCACACUCAAAACCCUCGGAGGCCGGAGGUCGGGGAUGUGCGUGUAAGAUUCUCCUAUGCUGGACUGAGCGGUGAGGAGUCUCGACUUGGCCCGGCUCAGACUGUCAGUAUUGUUGCCAUGCAGAGAGGAGAACAACUGAUGCCUUAUAAGACAAAGUCUGGAGACACUCUGGAGAUCCUGUACCUGGAGGAACUCUCUGCAGAGGAUGUUUUUGCACGAGAACACCAGCACAACAGUAUGAAGACAUGGGGGCUCCGAGCUGCAGGAUGGGCUCUCAUGUUCCUCAGUAUUCAGCUGACCAUGCGCAUCAUCUACACACUGGUGGACUGGGUUCCUAUUCUCAGGGAGCUGGUGUCCGUGGGGCUGAAGAUCUUCGCCUUGUGUGUCUCCUGCUCCCUUUCGCUCCUCACCAUCGCGUCAGGUUGGCUGUUUUAUCGACCACUAGUGGCGGCGGCUCUGGGAGCAAUAGCUCUGGUUCCGGUGCUUCUCGUCCGCUCAGGUCUUCCGGUCAAGAAGAACGAAUGACUAUUGAAGUGAUGUUCACACUCAUCAUCCAUCAAAUGUGUGCCACACUGUUACAGCAGCAGCAACAAUUGUACAGGGUUUUGUUUCCCGGGUUCUUGGCACUUCUCACCUCAACCAGAGUGCUGAUGUUGUCCAGUCGGACACAGGAAGUAGUGAGUAACAUAAAAUGUUCUCAGUGUGAUUGUUUUUUCUGUAAAUAAAACCAAAGAUAUGUUGCUUUCCCCCAAAGAAACACUGUCAGUUUAAUAGGUACACUUAAAUCAAUCAAACAAAUGUAGGUCUUAUCAAAAAUAAGCCCAAUUGAAAACAAGCUACUAGUUGUGGUAUUUAAUGUCCACCUGGUGUUCUUCAGUGUGGGGAUCCAGAAAGUCUUUGGAGGGUUGAAAAGCCUUAUGUGGGGAUUGUUUUGCAGUUGAAAAACCAAUGACUUAAGUUAAGAUCAAUUUUGUGAAUUAUUUUCAUUUGGAAAAUGUAUGAACGUCACUGUAUAAAACCAAACGGACCGAUCUGUCAAAGUGGGGAUUUGUUGAUCUUUAUGUUACUCUAUAUAUUUUUAUACAGUUGAUGUUAAAUAAAGUGCUCCAAGUCUGAGAUGAUAAA